CUUUCUCUUUCUUAACGCUACAAACCCUCUACUUCGAGGGGAGGGUUUCUCAAGCCAGAGGAAACCCUCUCAAGCGGGGCGGAGGGAUUCAGAGUUCAGAGAAAACCCUCUGCCUCGAGGCAAAAGGUUUCCUCUGCAAAUCCUCUGCCUCGAGGCAGAGAGGUUCAAAGUUUCUUUGGCACUUUCUCUUCGAGGUGGAGGAUUUUUUUGAAAACCCUCCGCGUUGAGGCGGAGAGUUGCGUCGAGGUAGCUCGCCUUGAGGCGGAUGGUUUCAGAAAAACCUUCUUUAUAGAGAAAUACUUUUUCGUUCCAGCUCUCUCUCGACGAAACCUUCGCCCACCGCCACUGUCUCUCCCUUUCCUUUUCUUCUCCUGCAAUGCAACCUGUUUCAUCCGAGCUCCCCUCUUCUCCAUAGGUACACAUUCGCCUUUCUUACCGUGAACCAGAGCUCCAAGCGGAAGGUCCAAUUUCAUGGGCACCAUCACCACGAGGCUCAGCUUCGGCAUGAGGCAGUUCAACAACAUCUCGAACUGGCGCUAUUCGUCGGGCAGCUGUUUGUAGGUUUAUUGGCUGAAUAUCUGUGACAGCAGCAUCGCAUCUGAGGGGUUAGCAUGUCAACCGUGAGUUAUAAGUCAUGCUGUCUGUUCAUUUAGGUUGCCUCCAAUGAUCGAACUACAGCAUUGGCAUGAAUAUGCCACAGAAUCUAUAGCGGUGAUUCCUGUCAUUGUUGUAAAUCUAUACUGGUGAUCCGCCCGUUACAUUUCUUUGUUCAAGAGCUGGAUUGAGAUGAGUUUGAUUUCUUCAUUCUUCGUCCCUUCGUAUUCCUUAGCGCUUUUAUGUAUGACAAGUGCAUCAUAGGGUAAAAUAUCCAGAGAUGGGAAGGCGGUAGGAAAAGAUGGUUAGAGGGAGAGUCGGGAAGGUGAUGUCGGUGCGACAUAUGAUCUUGAUUCUAUCCUCCCAUGGCUGAAAGGGCGCUAAAUCCACAUGUUCAAUCACCAACUGCCCCCCUUGUCUAAUGCUGUUGCAGGUCUGUUUUCUUUUGUAGUUAGCUGAUCUGAAUCUAAAUGCAAAAAAAUUGUUCAGUUAUGCUUUCGAAAUUAAAUGUUUAGGCUUGUUUCUUGAUUUACUUGUCAUUCUUUAGGUAAAUGGUGGCUACAUAUAUGAGCUAGCCUUUGGAAUAGAUGUCAAAUUGAUAGAGGGGAUGUGUAUGUGUGUGUUGUAUGUGCAUGUCUUUGUCUUUUCACAAUCCCCCUCUCCCUCGUGCGCGUCAUUGAGUCAUCAAUGACCAGAACCUUUGGGGUCGCUGAAAGGCUCCAUAUCUCUCUCUCUCUCUCUCUCUCUCUCUCGCCUCCCGACAUUGCUGCUGGAGGCUAGGGUCCAUUGGCUCAAAAGCUUUUGCUGCUGUAGUUGCCGGUUCCUGUUGUUUUAUUUUUUUGAUCAGUUUUUUGUUGGAUUGUAUUUGGUAUGUCGUUCUUUCCUCCUCGUAUGCUUUUUUAUUUUGUCGCUUUUGUUGCAAAUUUAGCAGAGAAUAGAUUUCUGGCCUCCCUCGUUUGAUGAUUCUCAACGAUACAUUGUUCUUUUUAUUUGGAUUUUCGUUUGCAUUCUCUUGUUUAUGAUUAGCUUGUUGUGAAAUUUAACGUGGAAAAACGACUUAUUGAGUUGCUCAUGCUCUUAGAUAUUAAAAUUUCUUGCUUGCUGAGGGUUUUGAUGCACGCAUUUAUCUAUAAAUGCAGAUUUAUGGAUUCAGAAACUGUGCAUAUAAACUGUCAGGCUUUCUGUAGUUAUACAAUUGUAAUUUGUGUUAAUUCUCAUAAAUUAUGAUUAUGUAAUCGUAUGUGGUUGAUACUUGUUAUUUUUAUAGUAUGUCAAAAAUUUUCAUCAAUCUGUAGUUAAAAGAGUACUCUAAAGAUUUGUCCUGUAAGCCCUCUUAAUUAGGUUGCAACAUUUGACUCAAUCACCAGCUUGUAUAUCUUAGAGGACUGCAAAAAACAGAAACAGUGAAAAUUGAGCCCUUACCUAGUGCACUCACAAACAACACUGGCCACUUGAUUUUGAAAUAUACAAGUUUCAAAUGCCUUCAGAUUUACCUGUAACCUUCAGGGUAAAUUAUGCUAGUGACUGAUAGAUUUGGAAUUGGGCUAGAAAGUUACUGUUUUCUCCUCACCUCCUAAACAAGGGGUGACAAGUUAUUUCCUUACCCUUUGUCUCUUUGCUUAUAUUGUGCAGGUAGGGUAGAUUUGGGUGUUCUUUUGAUUUUCCCUUUUAUUGCUUGGUGGGAAUAGAAUGAUAACUUCAUCGUUGUUUUUUUUUAGUUUAAAUGUAUGAUUUGGCAAUAGGGAUGUAAGUAAAUAUGCUAUUCAUGCUUUGUUCCGGCAACGGCUGUCGUCGACAACCCUUCCACUCUUCUGCAAUAAGGGGUUGUGGAAUCCCUUUUCACACAGUCAUUCUUCCUCAUUCCAUUGAUACAUGUAUCAUGUCCUUCUACUUGGGUUGUGGAAUGCCUCUUUUGAGUUGAAGUGGGCUGAACAGAAGGGUUGAGAUCUUAAUGGACAUCUUCUACUUGACACCCUUUACACUCUCCUCUUACCACUUGCUCACCCCCUGUGGUGGUGCUUAUAACAAAAUUUGUUUAGAUUGAAUGAGAUUAGGGGGGGUUGAAACCACCUUACUGAGAGAUGUGAUCAUAUUUUCUGCCUUCAUUUAAAAAAACUUCCGCUUGUUAGGUGUAAAAGGCUUGAUGCCAGUGCAUGUAAUUCACAAAAAUUUUUAUUUGAUACUACCACCGAAUACAUCAACUAUACAAACCUGAACUGCUUUUUGGAGAAAAGAAGCAUAUACAAACUUUGAUGUGUGAACAAUGCCACCUAGAAUGUAAACUACGUUCUUUGUUUGUAAACUGAAACCUAUGAACAUGUGUCAAGCUGCAAGCAGCCAAAACUCUAACGCUCAGAUGUGAAUACCACCUUUAGAAAGCAUUCUAGGAACAUGAGCUGCAACAGGUUGUAUUUGGAUUUCUCACAGGGCAUUGGUGGAAUGUACUUUUUUGAAAAAGAAAUUUUUUUAAAAGUGUCUUAUCACGCAAUGAUAUGCUUUCCUUUUGUUCAAACUACCUCCCCAAGUAAAAGGAAACUUUCAAGUUUUCUUUGUUGUCAAUCAAGAGGAAAUCUGGAAAAAUCCUAUGAAACCGAGAAAGUCAAAACUAAGAGAUGCUAUUGACUCUGGUGAUCAAGCGUCUGCAAGGGUUUAGCAGGAAAAUAUCCUAAGAGAGAAGCCAUAAUGUCUUAUAAAAUAUUGGCAGGUAGCAAAAUAAGAGUUGAGAAAUGAGCUCGAGGCUUGUGUAGUUGUUUCUUUGGGUCAAUUUGUGUCUAUGCCGCGAAGAUAAUGACUUAUGAACUUUUGGCAUGUUGAAAACCCGCAAGGUGAAACAGGUUGAUAUGUGACAAAACUACACAUGACCACCAAAGCAAGUGGAGCUUCCUAGUAGCCUUUGGGGUGGUGAGGUAUUCCCUCAAAGGUAAAGGUCGGCCUGAAAAAGAAAAUAAAAAACAAGAAAAAAUGGAAAGGCAAAAAGCCAAAUGCAAAAAAAAAAGGAAGAAAAAGAAGCAAAACCAAUAAAAACAAAAAAUGUGCCUGUCAAGAGAUAAAUGGCAUGAAGGCUGAACUCGAAAGAAUUGAAAUGCGACAAUCUUUCGUGGAUGUGCGAUUUUUGGGUCUGCUCUUCUUUUUUAUUUCCUAAGACGUUGAGGAUGAUUACUUUAUGUUCAUUUUUUUAGAAAUUUAAAGGCUUUCCUUGUAGAGAUUCAACAACAUUGAUGCGAAAUGAAUCCCGAUGCUUGUACGGUAAUGAGGGUAAAUAAAAGACAUAUCAUUUGCACAACACAAGCACAUUCUGCUUAUGAUUUAAAUUGAUGAUUUAUAAACUAUUUAAAAGUAAACACUUGACAUCUCUUGUAAUGUUUCCUGUCUUGGGCAUAUGAGGAACUCCCAGCCCCUCUCUGUUUUUUAAAAAUGUUGUCCUUUUUAUCACCAAACCGCUAGUCCGUUCAUAGAAUAGAUAACCCCUCAAACAUCUUCCACUCGGGUAAUGAAUUUUCCAUCUUCCCCUUUCCAUGUUCCCAUCACAAUUUGUUUGCUUGUGAACGCUAAGCAGUAUUGUUGAUUUCUCUUUUAAGGUUUGCUUAGGAAAGGGUUUGAAAGAGUCGUUAUCUUUUAUUUUUUUUUAUCAUUAGCCUUUUUUGAUGUCGAAGUUUAAAGCCCAACUCAUCAGUGUUCUUGUAGAUGUACAGUGGUUUUGGAAAAGCCGUGCACGAGAGUUUGAUCUUGUACUGCAAAAUCAAGUUUUUAUUUGAGUUCCUAACAAAGUUGUGGCAUCCAAUUUGAUUUGAGUGAGUUUACAUAAAUUUGGCUGAAACAGAAACUAAUGCUGGCUGCCAAAGUUCGUACAAAGAUUGUUAAAUCCUGUCAUUGUUUGUUUGUGUUUUUUGUUUAUUAGCUUGUCACAAUUGGUAGGAAGCGAAGUCUUAUGCAUGUACAUUGCUGAGAGCUUGAAAACCACACCCUCUACACCGGAAAUCUCCUGCAAUUGCAUAGAUUGCUGCAGUUGGGUGAUUUUAACAUUUGAUGAUUGAUUUGUUUUGCUUCCCAAGACUUAUCCCUUGGGUUUAGUUUAUUUUAUUGCAGGAAAUCUGAUCUGACCCAGUGGUUGCAAAGUUUAUGUCGAAAACAGAGAAUUUUUGCUAGAAAAAUUUACAUAUAUGUGCAUAAUACAUAUAUGUGCAUAAAUUAAAUUGCUUGCAGAAACCAAACAAGUUUUAAAUUGGUCUAUCUUUUACCUGAAUUGAGUUAGGAUUUUGGGUGUGAUAUGACAGCUUAAGUCAGAGUCGUGUAGGCUUCUUUCAGGGUCUUUCAAAUUUGUUUAUAUUUAGGUCUAGUUAAUUUAGAGAACAUAGAUUUCAAGUAAGGAUUUUGGUUGUUUUCUUCUUUCAUGUAUAUCGUUUUUAAAGUGUUUAUUAUUUGAGCUUAGAGUUCUUGCUCGUGAGUGGGUCUAAGCUCUAGGUUUAGGCCCUUGUUUUUCUUUGUUUUUAUUUUUUUCCAAGUUGGUCAUUGCAGCCGCAAACACUUUUGGAGAAAUGUAAGGGCGGAUGCAUUCAGUGGAGGAGUUAGAGCACAAAUCAAAGAUCUGAAUUGACACAGGGUUGCCCUUUCAAGCACUAGUAGCAUCACUCUUGAAUAUUAUUUCGUGAACCUUUUGACUUGUUUCUAUUUGAGGUAGUAAAUGUGCAUUUUUUUGUCUAUCUUAAUAUCCGUUUGUUCCCUGUGUUCGAUCUGGACUUCCCACUUAUUGGACUCUUAUUUUCCUCAAACUGCACAAAACUGUUAGUUCUACCAGUGAUUUUGCAGAGGUUAGAGACCGACUUUUGUAUGGUUUUUGGGUCAAAGUUGGGUAUUGAACUUGACACUCAAAAUUUCAGAAUUUUUGGACCGAAGUUAUAAAAUUCUUACUAAACUGAGGAACUCAGAAUUUUUGAAAUUUACUUGACUUUUUCCAAAUUUUACCUUCCUGCUCGGUUCUUUUGUAGUCUUUGCAUUGAAAUACAGGCAGCUAAGCGACAAUCGUUGUUGGAUAGUUUUUUUGAACUACCUGGAAUGGUUGAGGAGAAAUGUAAGGGUUAGCUUGACAUAAAACUGAUAGGGGCAUAUCUGAUGCAGCAUAAGGAGGCAGUAGAUGUUUCAUGCAGUGUUAUCCGUAUAACACAAUACGGGCUUGUAUCGUGCGAUAUGUAUCGUAUAGGUUUGGAAAACAUAUAUGAUACGCUUACGAUACGUGUAUUGUAGGUGUAUCGGUGGUAUCGUACGAUACAUGUUGAUACACCCUACGAUACAUGUUGAUACACCCUUGUAUCGUACGAUACAUGGAUAACAUUAUUUUUUGUGGUUUUUUACCAAAAAAAAACUUUUUUCUCCCUCUUUCUAAAUAUAUCUAAAGUCGUCAGAGGGGAAAGUUUUACUAGUUUUUCUACAAAAAUCACUUAAAUCGUCGAUUUAGAGAACUUGUUACUAUGGCCCGUGGGGAUGAUGGGAACUUGAUUGAUGAUAAUCAUUGCAAACUUGUAAUGUAAUAUAAACAGUUUAAAGUUUAAAUUUUAAAGUUUCUGAUGGAUGUUUAUUAUAAUGUUAAGAAUUUUUCUUAUUUGUCAUUUCUAAAUGUUCAGUGUUGUUAAUAUAUUAUAGCUUAUGAAUGAUGUGAUGAGUUUUUUUUAAUAUAUAUAAAACAUGACUUUUUUAAUUGAUUUUUUGCUUUUCCUGAUUUUACCGAUUUUUUCUCUAUUUUAUUCUAAUUUUUAAAUAUUUUUAUGAAUUAAAAAAUUAAUUUAGGACACAUUACACUAUGUUAAAGAUACGUUACGAUACAGUGUAUAGGUUUACCCGACCGAUACAGUGUAUAGGUUUACCUGACCGAUACACGAUAUGCUAUGCCUUUUAUAACGGUACUUUCAUGACAAACACUUAUGAGGUUCUAUAAAAAUGCAAAAUCUUAUGUUCAGCCUAAAUGGAUCUAAGAUCAUUUUCUAUAUUUCCUUCAUUUUGCAUCUUAUAUGUUUUCCAUGAAUCUUCAGAAUCUUAGGGCCUUGCGUUAUCUCGACUCUGUUCUUUUCGGGUGCUUGUUUCCAUGUAUCUUCUUUUUUGUGGAUGAUACCACUAAUAGAAUUUUAUUGUGGAGACUGGUUUCAACCUUUAUUGGUUAGUGAAUUUAAGGUCCAUGUUCUGGCAUUCUUAAUGACAUUUUUGUAUGCAUUGCUCCUGGACAAGACCUCUGUGGACUAUUGAUGCUUGCAUGAUGGUGGUGAUGAUGGUGUUAGUUGAGGUAGCGAUGGCUCUCUGGUUCUGCCUCUUCACUUUGCUGUCGUUGAAGAAAACAGAAGGGUUCAAUUCGAAACUUAAUAUGAAUUGUUAAGCAUGGAAAACGCUAAUUGUUGCUGGUUUCUCUUCCUAGAUAUAUAAUUUCUUCUAAUUCCGCCAGGCCCAGAAAUAUCGAGGUGGGUACAUCUUGUUUGAUUUCAUCGAUCGCUGGUACUUCUUUGGAGAUCCGACGGCUUACAUACAACAACAAUUUUAAUUUGCUUUGGCAUGUUUUUAUACCGAGAAUGUCAGCAAUUUUAUAUCAGUUUACAAACUCUGCCAAGAGAUAAAAUGCGGUACUGAAUUAAUGUGAUACUCGCCCAUCCCUGUAGUCAAUGGGGGCUCAGUUGGGAGGCGUUGCUGUUUAUGGGUGCACCGACUACGGACGACUGCCCUCCUGUCAAAGACCAUCCAUCUUCAAGAUGGCAGUUACGUAAACCUGUGCUGUCUUUUCUACAUGAUUCUAAUGGUCCUACUUAUGUGGCGUCCACUGCAAUUGGUAUUUUGCUGCAGAGGAAAUGGGGAAAAUGGAAUGAAAUAAAUAGUUUAAUGAAUGGUUCUAGGUCCGAAAAGGUUGACAUUAGAAAAUCAACACGAUGAGGGUGCUUCUAUUUUUAUGACACAAGGAAGAUAAAGAAAAAGGGACUGGUAUUUUAUAUCAUGCAUUGAAUAUGAUCUACACUAGGGAAUACGUGCUCCUAAUUCAAGUAAUACUGCCGCUACCCAGACCAAAUUUUCUAUCUUAUUGGGUGCCUUUUGCCAUAAUGGAGUUUUUUAUGUUCUAAAUGUUUUUGCUAAAUUUGCCGCUGGGGGUUGCGAUAAUUUGGUAGGCUAUCCUGGUAUUAACAGGAGGUAUUUCUCUUGCUGCAAGUUUGAAGCUGAAUGUACCACCGGCGCUAGCUAAACUGCUGAAGUGCCCCUGCUCUCACACAGACACGCACCCACGGACAUAAAGAAGGAAGAAAUCGACAAAGAAGAGAGCCUUUUUUUUUUGUGGCCGAAGAUUUGGAAGAAAGCCUGGGAAGGGGGCCUUUUUUUUUUUAGAAAACCUGGGAAUUCUAUUGUUCUUUCUUAUUGUCAACGAUUUGUUGAAAAAGUGGCUCUCUGGCGUUUUUAUUUAACAAAGAUGAAGUGCCACCACUCGUGGACCAUUAUGGGUACACGUAACAGGGUCAGCCUCCAGCCUAUACGUGGCUGGCAUCCAAGAAAUUGGAAAUUAAACCAAUUUCUUUUUAUUUUAUUAAAUAUUUUAGAACAGGGAACCAGCUUAUACGUGGCUAAUUUCUUUUUAUUUUAUUAAAUAUUUUAGAACAGCGAUGGACAUUUUAAAUAGAAAAAUUAGAAAAUCGCCCUGUACCGGUAGAUAUCGUUUUUUCAAGGUUUUUGAUACCAGUUGAAAACCAAGUUACAAAUUGUUGGGACCAAUGAAGUGGUGGACUAGACUUAUUAGCAAUGCAUUUAUCAGUGGCUGGAAGGAUCGACAAGAAAGUGGCCAAGUUGAGAAGAGCCGUCAAUUCUGAACUAUAGGACAUGCCGACAAAAGAUGCCAUCGUUUUGUUUCGUCGCGGCUACCAGUGAAAUUGAAAAGGUGCUUGGGGUUCACGUGAAGGCGAAGAGUGUGACCGUAUUGAUUGCGCGUGACCAGACUUCUCCCUUUUCUUCUUAAUUAGAGUGAAGAGUUCCCCAAUUUGCAGUCCAGGGAUUGAUGCUUACAAGGAUCGAACUGAUGAUCCAACUUUUCCGACCUUCCAGACCAACCAGCGGCACUCUGCAGCCUUGGCUCCGCGAUGAAAUGCUGUUUCUGAAAGAACAUGGCGGCCUGUCCUUGAUUACGGAGACGCGUCCACACGGUUCUGGCUGGUACGCUGGUUGCCCACGCUUUUAAUUGCAUUUUGCUUUUUCGUCUUUCCGUCCACAUCGACCAGCUCUUUGACUUUCAGAAACACCGGCCGAAUCUUUCAGUUCUUCAAGUUGGUGAGCUGCCUCUCCCCAGCGGCCGCUGGGCCUUAAAUUCGGGGGUAAUUUCGCGAUUCACAUUGGUUCGUGGUCAACUGUAUUAAUGAGGCUGCUGGAUGUGGGUACCGUUGUGUCUGUGCAAAGCAGAAGUCAAAGCCACAUGAAAAGCAAUAUCCGUGAUCUUCAAUUUCAUCGCCGGUUCUUGCCCCUGCUGUUGCUUCUCUUCCCGAUCGGUAAGGGUUAAAAGAAAAGGAGUGGGGAACUGAAGGAGAUGAUGGCACCAGCGUCCUUCCCUUGUAUGUUCUUGUUUCUCUUGUCUUUCUUUGCUCUGCGUUGCUUGGGUGGACCUAUUUCCACAGAAUUUAUCCGGCCGAAUUUCACUGCGACCAACCUUGGAUUCGUCGACAACAAUGGUGUUUUCCUGGCUUCCAAAUCUAACAUCUUCCGAGCUUCCAUCUGCAACCCUGCUGGUGAUGGUGAGUACUACCUCUGCGUCCUGCAUGUUGAAUCCAAUCAGGUUGUCUGGUCGGCUAAUCGUGGUUCACCAGUGACGAACGCUGAUCGGAUUGUCUUCUUAACGACUGGGAUAUUCAUUUACGGCGCCAAUGGCAGCUUGGUGUGGUGGACAAAGUUUAGGUCACAAGCCGAUGCGGUGUCUUUGGUUCACUUACAGGACACAGGGAAUCUGCAGCUGUUGGAUUCGUCCAAUUCAUCAAUAUGGGAAAGCUUUGAUCAUCCGACCGAUACCAUCUUGAUGGGACAGAAACUUCCUCUUGGUGUUAACCUCAUUGGUUCCAUCAGCAAGAAUAAUCUUGCUUCUGGCGAUUAUGCUCUUGCUGUGACAAAAGAUGAUGCUCUUCUCCAAUGGAAGGGUCAUACAUAUUGGAGAAUAACCAUGGAUCCUAGAGCUUUUAAGGACCAGAAUGCUGAUAUCACAUAUAUGCAAGUGAAUGGCUCUGGCUUAUAUCUGUUUGCUGCUGGUGGCGGCAAUCUAAUAGUGGUCUGGCGGGUUAUAUUGAGCCCUGCCAAGCUCCGGUUAUUGACUUUAGAUUCUUCCGGCAAACUCAGGGUGCAGAGUUAUUCUAGGUUCAGUUGGAACACCGAAUUCUUAGCACCGGCAAGUGAUUGUUCUGUGCCCCUUUGGUGUGGGAGUCUCGGCAUCUGCAGUGACUCGGGUGGGGCAAAUAACAACUCUUAUUGCACAUGUCCUGAUCAGAUCCCGGCUGCAAACCGGAGUGAUCUCUCCAAAGGUUGCACUCUCAGUGGCCAAACCGAUUUCUGUUCGAGCACCUCAUCGUCGCCCUCAAUCGAUUAUCUUGCCCUUGGUACUGGCAUUGAUUACUUUGAAGAUUCUUAUAGCCAGGCCGUCAAUCCUCUGAAUGGGUCUUCUGAUAUAUCCGAUUGUCGAAAACUCUGCUCUGCCAACUGCUCGUGUCUCGGAUACUUCUACAAUAGUGACUUUGGUUCGUGCUUUUUAGUUCGAGAGGUGGUGGGUUCUCUGCAACGUACUGGAGACAAGUCCAUGAGUGGCUACCUGAAGACAAUUUCUCACGACUUUGGCGUUCAGGGCGGUAAAAGGCUGCCUCUUGCAGCAUUGAUUCUUUUACCUGCAGCUGGAAUCCUCCUGUUGACCACCAUUUGCGCCCUUGUUCUUUCUUGGAGGAGAAUGCCAAGGAAGCAAUUUUCAUCCAAAACCAGUUACCCCAAUUCAAACGAAUCAGACGAGGACAUCGACCUUCAGUUUGUACCUGGGUUACCCAAGAAAUUUUCUUUGUCCCAACUAGAAUCAGCUACCAAUAAUUUCAGCGUUAAGAUUGGUUCGGGAGGCUUCGGAGCAGUUUACAAAGGCAUUCUUGAGGACGGGACUCAGGUUGCUGUCAAGAAGAUCAACAAUGUGGGGGUCCAGGGGAAGAGAGAGUUCUAUACUGAAAUCGCCACCAUCGGUAGCAUUCACCAUGUGAACCUGGUGCGCCUACACGGGUUUUGCGCCGAAGCUGCACAGAGGCUUCUGGUCUACGAGUAUAUGAACCUCGGUUCCUUGGAUCGCUCGCUUUUCAGCCAGAGCACGGUUAUGGAAUGGUCGGAGCGGGUAGAGAUUGCAAUCGGAACUGCUCGCGGCCUUUCGUAUCUGCACUCAUCAUGCCAACCGAAGAUAAUCCACUGCGACAUAAAGCCUGAAAACAUUUUGCUUAAUGAUCCCAAACAGAUCAAGCUCUCUGAUUUCGGGCUCUCCAAGCUUCUAACGUUAGAGCAAUCAAAUCUAUUCACGACAAUGAGGGGGACGCGCGGGUACCUCGCUCCAGAAUGGUUAACGAAUUCGGCCAUCUCCGAGAAGACGGACGUCUACAGCUACGGGAUGGUUCUGUUAGAGAUCAUUCGAGGGAGGAAGAAUUGCUCGGCAGCAGAAGAUGAGGGCGAAGCCAACGUCUAUUUUCCUAUGUAUGCUUUGGACAUGCACGAGCAGGGGCGAUAUUUAGAGCUUGUGGAUCCGAGGCUGGCUGACAAGGUUAAGAGCGAGGAGGUAGAGAGGAUGGUGAAGGUAGCUCUGUGCUGUGUGCAGGAAGAGCCAUGGUUGAGGCCCAGCAUGGGCACGGUCGUGGGAAUGCUGGAUGGUGUCCUCCCUCUGUGUGAACCUAGGGUCCAGUCCUUGACCUUCUUGCGAUUCUAUGGUCGGAGAUUCUCCGAGCCAAGUACGUUGUUAUCUGGGUCCAGUCCGGCUGCUGGGUUCAGCCUUGGGAGCACCGGCUCUUCUUUCCCGGCUUCAUUUUCGCCUUCCGUGGCAUCUGCGCAGCAGGUAUCUGGUCCAAGAUGACCGGCUGUGGCCAUGGACAGUGGGCGUGAAGUUCUUGUAUUUCAUUUUUCCUUCUCCCUGUAAAAUGCAAGCCUUCUGUACAUAAGCAAGCCUAUUUUGUACAAGGAAAAUGUCUCCGGCCACUUGUUUAAUUAUUUUUGGUAGAGAUCAGGUGAAGAAAGGCAUGUGCAGUGGGAAGCCCGGUGAGUUGUGGACAGACUCUUUAAUCCAAUCUUUUUCUUUCCCAA